GGCUCAGCAGUCUCAAGGUUUUAGUCGUAAAUCAUGGCGACAGUGCUCACUGCGUCGUUGUCAUUAAACAGAUCCGGCAAUGGCGACAUCUCUGUAGCAAUCAUGACGUCUUUCAGUGGCAAAGGUGUGUGUAGCUUCCAGCUGCCUGGUGGAACGUUGGGAGAUCUCCAGAGAGUCCUUUGUGAUCCGCAGGGGCCGAUGUUCUGGUGUUAUCCUUGGUCUCGCCUCCUUUUCUACACAGAAGACGAGCCAUUGAGGCCAUUGGACAUGAACCUGCAGCUGGAUGCUUUUGACUCGCUUGUGAUCAAGCCUGUCGAUAUGGAAGCAUGUCUUGAGAGGUAUCCACACGUUGGCAAAUUCCUGGAUGCUGUGCGCCGCAAUAAGUUUGACCCGCGGUCAGCAAAAUUUGAUGCGAUGUGGACAGCAAGAUCAGCACCUACAGUUCCUGCUGAUGAAGCUGAAGCCAUGGUUCAUGAAGUUCUGAGUGGAUGGCCCAUCCAUGCAGACAGUGAACUCCAUUUUGUUCGGAUCUUUGGGGAGCUGACUGCUUUGGGCGAGACAUGGAGUUUGCUCCACUUGGGACUGCUACAAAAUUAUGACCUGGGGCUCAGGAGGUUCAAGCACUGUGUUUCCAAUCAUUGGCUGGAGGUUGCUCGUGUUGCAGCCACUUCGGUGAUUACAGAAGCACCACCCAUCCUGCUCCUCAAGAGGGGGAGCAGUGGUUGCGUGAUUGGUUGUGGUGUCAUUGGCGAUGCCUUUCCAGACAACUUUGAUGCCAAAUUGACACAGUGUGGGCAUUUGGGUGUGUCUCCAAAUGUUCAUUGGAGAAACGUGUCACAUGUUUUGGUGUCACUGGACUGGAACCCACAAGAAGGCUUGGCAACCUUGGAACAUCUCCUGACCAAGAUUAAACAGGAGCCGUGUGAGUUUGCGGCGCUCGCACACCCUGAGGUCUCUAAGAUGGUCCACGUGCAGCUGCGCUUAUCAUUUUGCGGGAUUGCAGAAGUCAAAGGGCCUAUCAAUGAGACAUGCGUCAAGAUACUCGCGGAGCUGCUUGACUACAAGCUGGAGACCGUGAAGUUUCGGAGUGUGCAAGAAUUGCAGGUAGAGAUCGGCGAUUUCGAAGCCGAGGCGAAUUACCGUGGAACAUUGGUACUUGUGACAGAUAUUCCAGCUUCCGCAGGUAAAAUCUUGCGUGGGCCACAUCGCAUGGUCCUUUGCUACGGUGCUGAGUAAAAAGGCCUUAAAAGCCAGAAAAAAGCACCAGCCGUUGUCCAGUGCCAGAAAAUGGAGACCGUGUCAGGGCAAAA